CGUCGGUGGGAGCAGCGGUUGACAGCAGCGGGUCAGGCCGAACAUAAACAAAACAAAACGGACAAAAAGAGCGAAAACCACGCGGAGCUUUGCGCUGGUUUCUCAUCCGCGUCAUGUUUAAUGUUGUUCUGACGCGUCUCCACUUCCGUUAACGCAGCAACGCGAGGGCGCGCACCUGUGAAGCUAAAGAGGGUCACGGAGCUAACGUGUGCUAGCUUAGCAGGUUAGCUACCUGGAGCAGCCAUGUCGUCCCCCUCCUCCUCCAGGCGCCAGUGGUGUUACCUGUGCGACCUGCCCAAGAUGCCCUGGACCGUGGUGUGGGACUUCAGCGAGGUGGUGUGCCGCGGCUGCGUCAACUACGAGGGGGCGAACCAGAUCGAGUUCCUCAUCGCGAGCGCUCGGCAGCUGAAGCGCAGCCACGGGAUGCAGGACGGGAACGUCAGGUCACCGGGUCCCUCUCCCAAUAAGCACGGGUCUACCGGGAGAGGAGAGGCGGCGGGAGACGGAGUUAGGCCCCACACGGACCGCUUCGACCGGGGUGGAAGAGGAGAGAGCACCGGGGCGGCUGUUCGCGUGCCGCCCAACGGGCUGCACCGUGACGGGCAGCCGCCUCCUGAGUUGAACCGCCAGAGCCCCAGCGGCAGCCGGAGACCCAUGCUGGCCGCUGCCAUCCCUCCAAGUCUAGUAACGAGUAUCGCAGGGAUUCCCCACGGGCUGCUUGCGGGCAUGCCGACGGGUCUCACCGCCAGGACAGCCCCCAUGAGCAGCCCCAUGAUCUUCCCUGCCCCGGUGCUGGCCGAGAUGAGCCGCAGGCAGCUGAGCAUAGGGAUGGGGAUCGCCCCCUUUAUCACUCCGGAGCUGGAGCGGGAACUCAGCUCGUCCCAGAAUCAGCCCAAGAUACAGACCCAGAUCCACACUGUGGCUGGCAGCAGCAAAAGCACAGGCCUCCCCUCCUCGUCCUCCUCCAUGGCAGGAGGUGUGAGCCAGACAAGCCCCAAGCCUGCCUCGUCUCCAGCCAGGCAGCCGCGCCCCCUCACCUCCAGGUCUGGAGGGGAGCUCCUGGGGUCCAGCUCCUCAGCAGAGGCGGCCACCACAGCUGCUGCGUUACCCCACAGUGGUGCCUCUGAAUUGGGAUCAGCAUCCACCAGCAACACCCUUUCAACAGGAAACACCCUGUCCUGCACCUUGUGUCAUGAGAGGCUGGAAGACACACACUUUGUUCAGUGUCCAUCAGUGCCAGGCCACAGGUUCUGCUUCCCGUGCACCAGGGUGUACAUUCAGAGCCGGCGGGGAGAUGGAGAGGUGUACUGCCCAAGUGGAGAGCGCUGUCCAUUGGAUAACUCUCCCAACAGUCCCCCUUGGGCCUUCAUGCAGGGAGAGGUUUCCACCAUACUUGGCACUGGUGGAGCAGGACCUGCAGCAGCUCCUGCACCUGGAGCCGGGUCAGGGCCCGGACCUGCAGCUCCCGCGACGUCUGGGGGAGGGAGUGGAGGCCCCAGCGGAGGUGGAUCUGGGAAUGGAGACAUCGCUGUCAAGAAAGAGAGAGAGACGUGAUGGUGAUUUCCAUGGAAACCAAGACCCAACACAGCAACAGAGUCGUAUCACACACCAAAAGGAGAAGUCUGGACUGCUGAGAGAUCCAGUGGCAACACAACGACUCACAGCUCAGAAAAACUCCACUACACAGGUCUUAAUUCCACCUACUCACACCACCCACUUUAUCAGACUGAAGUUGCAAAGACUGCCUUCACAAAUUGUCAUUACUGCUUUUUAUCUUUGUAUUUUCUAAACAAAGGUCGACUUUGCCAACUUUAAAUGUAAAUUCAGCCAUUCUGAUACAAUGAGAACGUGAAAUCAAAUUUAAUGUAUCACAUAAAUUGUCCCAGUGCAUCCUUUACAUGCUGAGCUCACCCUCACCAACUCUGGAAUUGAAUCUCAUGUCAAAUCCUUAUUUCAGAAAACAGCUGAGAUCUUUAUCAAGACAGUAAAUGUGCCACUGAGUAUAUACAUUAAAAUGGCCACCCAUCAUAGUGUACGGUUGGGAUCCCAUGUUCUGUACCAAUCAACAACUGAACAGUGGCUACUUUUGUAGAGUGAACAGAAGCUGUGCCAGGUGAAACAGGUGACUGACUUCAACAGCUUCCAGCAAGAUUGUUUCACUUUUCUAGAAAAAAAGAAAAUCUUCAAGAUGCACUUUAAAAGCUAACAUCACCGGGACUACAACAGUGCUAAAUCAUUGUCAGAUUUUCACAACUACAGCACACAACUGAAAUUGUUUGUGUGAGACACUUUCACAUGUGGAAAUUAUUUGUUGGGUUUAAGUGAGGAGUGGCCUGGUUCAGACAUUAGAUUUUUUUGUUCUGUGACAUUUGCUGUCAUGCAUACAUGGGUAAUGUCUAGAAAAGUUCAGGGUUAUUGCAUGUGUCAAAGCAGCUCUUAGCUAGUGUUGGUUUUAAUUGCUCACAGUAGCUAGCAUAACUGCUUACUAUAGCUUAUUGGUGAUAUUUCCUGUUUCAUAUAACCUUUCCCAGACUCACAGAAAGUUGCCAUUGUCCAGUGUUAAUUGUUAAUGGUUCACUCAAUAUUGUGUAUGCAUGAGAAAGCACAAAAUCGUCACCAGUUAAAAAUGCAGUAGCCACGUUAGUUUUAUUUUCCUUGUUGAUGAACAAACUGAAAGUCUGGUGAUCAGAUCUCCGACUUUUGGCAGUAAAACAGUCGGAACAAGUCAGAAAUGAUCCGUCUCAGACAAAACGCCAUUUUUUUAAACAUUUGUGCUUAACUGACAUAAAAUGGACAGUAGCAGCUUAGACUGUUUUAUGACUGAAUCCAUGUCCUGGUGUACAAUCAUAUUUUCCAAAAAAUACUCCACUAAAAUACAUCCUGCACAUUCAACCGACUUGAGCUGUGGACAGUAAUGACAGUUUCUCUUUGUGCUUGUUUUUCGUCCACUUUAAGUCAAGCUGACUUUGACCCAUAGAGAGGAGAAUGUUUGCUGAGUAGAAACAAACGGUUUGUCUGUUGGAGCAUCGAGCAGUGACAGCAAGUCUCUAUGUUUGACUGUAUUUCAUUAAACGUUGCUUUCAUAUAAGAUCCAGCCCAGCCUACGCUUUACCCCGAAUGUAUAUGAAGAUAUCUAUUGAUAGACCUAGGGCUAUAUUUUUUACUAGAAUAUUAAAUGUUCUAUACUGUAUAGACCUAUAAUAGUAUGUAUGUGCAAUCCUUAGUCAUAGUAUAUGCAACUGUUUGGAAAAUUUGAUUAAAAACGACUGCGUAUCAUUUCUUAAACCUUUUGUUUUUUAAAGGGAGAACCCACCUAAAAUCUACCUGAAAGAUUUAAUACAAUUUUUUAAAGAGUUUUUUUCAAAAACGAAAACUUCUAUUGAAUUAAUAUUCAUAAGCUCAUUUUUAGUUUUAAUCAUAGACAGUUUGUUUAGUUUGCUUUUCAUUCAUACUCAAUAAUUACAGCUGUUUCAAUAACAUUUUUCCUUUUCCUGAUACCGAUUCUGAUACCUCGAAAUAUGAUGGACUGUAACAGCUGUAUGUUACUAACCCUUUGUGGGAGUUAUGAUUGCUAUCAUUGUUGUAUUGGCUUUGAAAACCAAAUACAUACAGAGACUGAACAACAUAGAAAUUCUCAUGUUAUCUUGUUUGACAGCCAGAACUGAAAAAGAAGUAAGAUGACUAAAUAUAGGAAUUACUUACGAUUACUUGCUUUAAAUAUCUGGUAAAAUGCACUUCCAGCGUGAAAAAUUUCCAAAUUGUUGACCUAUUAAUUCGCUGUGGCCAACGCUGCACCACUGGAAAUCACUCCUUCACAGCCCAAAAACUGUUCAGCAGUAACAGUACAUUGCAGCUGUUCUGGAGCGGUGAAGAAGGGAUAUCCGGGAAUAGGAAAUUGCUGUCUGGGUAUAAUACUUACCAUGAUACAAUGCAAUAUUGGAUUCGAUAAGAUUUAGAGAAUAAAGUCGUAAUUUUACAUGAAAAAAGUUCUAAUUUUAGGCCUCGUUUCAUUUUACAGGGGGAUAGCAGAAGAUCAUUCUGUUGCCUGUAUUAAAAUGAGGAAUGUUGAGCGUCUUGUUAGAUAAUACUUUAGUAUAGGUAUCACACAUGACAUGAUAUUUAAUCUUUAAUCUUGUACUUCAGAGACCUGGUAUCAGAUGGGUACAUAGAUUUGCAUGUUUUGAUGCUGGUAUUGGAAACAUCUCUAUCAAUAAUAUAAGUGACCACAGAUGUUCAUGCGUAAAUCUAAUCCUGUUGAUAACUCUGUAAAUUACAUACACAUUCAAAGAUUUCAUUUCCUAAAUUGAACAAUCCAACAGUUAAAUACCCACAGAUUAAAAUUGAUUUGUUUUUUGGUGGUUUCUCUCUUUAUGUUCCGUAUGUACUCGUCCGUACAGACGCACAAACAAACCAAAGGUCAUUUUAUGUCCAAACUGAUCUUUCUGGAUGUAAAUGUUUUAUGAAAAAAAUAUAUAUUGUUAUAUUUCUUGGCCAGGUCUUAACCGGUUUCCUUCAUCAAGCCUGUACAGUAAACAGGCUGACGCAGGUUGACUGUACAUUCGGGAUUUUACAUAUAAAAGUCUAUAGUAUUGAGCAGAUACCUAAGGCCUUCUAUACUGAUAGAAUAUCCCACUGUUCAGGUGUGUCGUUGAGAAAUGUCCUUUGAAGAAGUGGAGUUUAAGUUUAAUAUGCACUGAUACAUCAUGCAAUCCCUUGUAAAGUGCCUUUUUAAAAUGUUUACCGUCUGUGUGUGUGUGUGUGUGUGUGUCUGGGAACCUCAGGGGAAGUAGAGUGCAAUGGCUUUUUUAUUGUCUCGUCAAUGAUUAACCUGAAUCUGUUUCCCUUCAAUCGCCAUCAGACGGCUUUUGCUUUUAUCUGAAGCCUUUGUAAAAGUAUGAAGGCCAUUCAUUGUUUGGAUAUGGUCUCUCUGCCUCUCUCUCUCUCUCUCUCUCUUUCUGUUGAGUUUCUUUUCAUUUGUUAUUUUUAGAUCUGUUGGUUUUAUUGUAGCUUCAUGUACAAAAUAGAAACCAGGAAUAAAUGGGAUGGAAACUUG